AUGGACGCCAAUGGACGUUGGCUGCCGCGUGAAGGAUUCAUUGCGGAUGUGGUGGGUCGCGUGAUCAAGAGGACUCUCUUCUCGCCGUCUUUGACUCUGCCACUCCUGCUCCUCGCGCAGCACACUCGUAGGGGUCAAACCCUCAGAAAUGAGCAACCCGGCGUCUUUCGAGCCCUGAAAAUUUUGGUGGCAAUUGGCCUGUAUCGAUGGCUCAAUGGCUGGCUUAGUCGUCGCGCCUUAAACAAUGCAACCUCAGAUAGAUACAACUGGAAUUCUGAGAUUGCCAUCGUCACUGGAGGAAGCGAUGGAAUUGGUCGGAGAAUUGCGCUUCUACUCGCUGCGCGUGGGCUGAAGGUUGCGGUUUUAGAUAUCAAACCGUUGAAUUAUGAGACGCCGGCGAAUGUCAAAUUCUAUCCCUGCGACAUUUGCUCUCGCGACCAGAUCGCAAGCGCUGCUCGGAGAAUCCGAGAUGAGAUGGGUGAGCCCACGAUUUUGGUCAACAACGCCGGAGUUCUGAAAGGAAAGACAAUACUGGGUGGAACGGACGAAGAUAUCCGCCAAACCUUCGAAGUGAACACGUUAUCCCACUACUGGCUGGCUCAAGAGUUUCUUCCGUGCAUGAUUUCACGCAAUCAUGGAAUGGUUGUUACGAUCGCGUCGCUGGCCGCCUAUGUUACCACCCCUAGUAUGGUCGACUACUCUGCCAGCAAGGCUGCAGCUCUUGCGUUCCAUGAAGGGCUCGCCACUGAGUUGAGGACACGUUAUAACGCUCCGAAAGUCAGGACUGCGGUGGUAAACCCGGGUUUUGCCCGCACGUAUCUGGUUAACGUGAUAAAUCCCGAGAACACUUGGUUCAAUCCCCUCUUGGAGCCAGACAGUGUCGCGGAAGCCGUUGUGCAGCAGAUCCUCACGGGAUCCAGUGGCCACAUUGUCAUGCCUGGCUCAACCGGAGCCCUUGCGAGUAAUGUGCGGGCAUUUCCUCAUUGGCUGCAGAACAGAGUCAGGGACAAAUGCGAGCGUUUAACGAGAUCACCAGGCGAGCACUGA